AGCACCUCCUCUUAUGGAGGAUCAGGAAGCAGUAGGCGUGUUUUCAUGCUGUCAUUUGGAGAAUGGCAUCGGGACUGUUAAAAUGCGUCGAGUGUAACGAAGAUGCAACCGAAUUGCAUCGAGACUACAGCAACGGCAUACUGAAGCUCACCAUAUGUAGUUCAUGCAAGAAGCCUGUUGACAAAUACAUAGAAUAUGAUCCAGUUAUUAUUCUGAUAGAUGCCACUCUAUGCAAAACCCAGGCCUUUAGACAUAUACUCUUCAACACUGAGAUCAAUAUCCACUGGAAACUGUGUGUGUUCUGUCUGCUGUGUGAGGCGUAUCUGCGCUGGUCCCUCCUGCAGGGGUCCCAGCCCAGCGAUGACCCCGCUGACAUCAUCCGUUACACUAAAGAAUGGGAGUUUUACUGCAUGUUUGCACUGGCUGCACUGGAGUUGGCCGUGUUCUGCAUAGGUGUGUUGGUCAUUCUCUGGAUGGCGCAGCUCUUCUGUGGAGCUUCUUUAGAAUUCACUCCGCUGUUGAAGGCUCUUCUGCUGUCCAGCUACGGCAAAGUGCUGUUAAUUCCAGCUGUCAUCUGGGAGCACGAUUUCUCCCCGCUCUGCUUCAGCCUCAUACGACUGUUUGUUCUGACCUCCAAUUCACAAGCCAUCAGAGUGAUUCUGAACUGCAGUCGGCGUCUGUCUCUCCUGGCGGUGUGUGGCGGCUUGCUGUUGGAGAUGUGGGUUGCCCAGACUUUAAAAACACUGCAAGUCUGUUCACAAGACUAUCUGUCAAUGCUCUAGAUUAUGAGGACUUGACUCCAGGAGUCUGAAACCUCAGGAUUGUCUCAAACCUUUGAACGUAUCAAACAGUCCUUUCUAAAUAUAAAUGGAUUCUCUAUGAAUUGAUGCAAAACUAUUUUCGUGAACGAUUCAAGACCUCCUUGCGGUCAGUGAGACAGAAAGUUUGAUUUAUGAAACUGUUUACCUCAGAUGUGGAUGUAGAGACAUGCUUGUCAUUACUUCAGAGAUGUUGUUUGAGCAAGAUGUUUUGUACAAAGGAAUUUAUUGUGAAACUAAAUGAGGUCAUAGAGAGCAAAUUGUUCAUCUUUACUAUGGUUACCACAUGGUUAUGAGGUUUUCCAUGCAUAUAUGUCUGGUGUUUACUAAGCUAACCCCUUUUAAGACCAGUAACUUCUCUUCACUUGAGAAUUCUCCUCAUACACAGGAACUAGUUUGGGUCUAUAUAGGCAGAAAAAGAGCAGGCCUGCAGUUUUCACGGAAUCCUGUAUGUUUAUAAAGACUUUGAAGGCACAGCUUCACAUUCCUGAGGUCAUUUGUCAAAUUCCUCAAUUAGCUCUGCUGAGAGAAGAUGUUAAAUCAAAUAUACUACAGAUGGCUGUGGACCUGUGUCGACAUGAUGCGUUCAAGUAUUGUAAUGAUCUGAAUGUCUGUUUUAUUUGUGUAAUUUAUCUCUGUUACAUAAAUGUGAAGUGUGGA